AUGCUCAACCGAUAUUGGGUACGCCGGGAACUCAAUUUGCUAAUUGGUAGCUUACGUCGCGAGACCCGGAAACGGUACAAACGUCAAAUUAGCGCCGUGCAGUAUUUCCUUGCUGAGGCGCAACAGGUUCCUCUGCAGGUGCCAUCUGAUCAAGACAGCUUGCGAAGGCUGCUCGAGCCCCAAAUGGAAGUCUGGUGGCAGGGUCUGAAUGGGCGGCUACGGCGUUCGAGGCGCGGGGUUACCGCGUCUCUUGUGGCUCAGGCACUUUCCGCUGUGAUCGCCUACACCUUCACCGUUAUCGCAUCAUUUUUAACAUCAAUCGAUAGCCUAGACCCGGUUAUGGAGAUUACUGCAGGGACACUUUGGGUGUGGUUGAUACCCGUAAUAUGUGGAUGGGUCAUCGUCGGAACUCAGAGCACGCACGAUGCGGUGGAAGACGCCCUGCGCAUAAAGCAUUUUGAUCGCUCAGCCGAGCCCCAGGGUGACUCCGAUCACCAGGAGCCCUCUUUUGACGGAGAAGAAAGCCCCAUAUCUAUUCGCAGCAAUUGGAACAGUAAUCAUUCCCGUUGGCUUGGAGUAAAUUUUGCCGGAGAUGAACUCCAAAAGGGCCCAGUGUAUAACUAUGCGCGAUUAUUCACAUGGUGGCAGACGGCCAACGCUUUCAUUCAGACAUCAAAGAGUAUUGCUAUAGAACACGAUGCGGAGACGGAAGCGACCUGGCAAACGGAUAGGAUUUCGAAGAGAAAAGGAUCCCAAGUUCUCAACAUGGUAUCCGAAAGUGAGAUUUCCGAAAUUCGCAUUAUCCACAGUGAACGAUUCGCAACGUACCCGAGAUUUUCAAACAUCCCGCCAGACGUUUGGUGGCGGAUGGUGCUGGCCUCGAUCAUGGCUGUCACGGUACAAUGGGGCGCUACUGGCGCGUCGAUCCUCAUGGCGUAUCUCACACCACCCGGAGGUCUCGGCUGUCGGUCAGGGAGCUAUGCUCUCUAUGGUAUUUUCGGGACAAUCUCCUGGGUGGCUCUGCUUGUGUCAAUGGUGUUGUCGCAUGCUGCAAUGGCGCGACCUGCGAGUCCCUAUGGCCCCGCCUUGCUAGGAAGGAUGGCCAUUAUGUUACGCUGCGGCGGAAGAGCAGUCGCCGUCAUGAAUGCGGCAUGGUUGGUCGUCAGCACCCUGUUCGAGAAUAUUGGACUUUACGAUAGCUGUUGGUGUCACGGGGUUGUGUUGCAGCGUGGCGCGAAUGCUUGGGUGAUACUGUUCCGUACGGCGGAGGAAUUUCGGCACGAGGCGAAGAAUGCGUGGCCCGGCGGUAUCGCGUUUACUAUGAUUGUUUCAACGUUGAUGAUUGUGGUGUUUGCGCUUGGGUCAAAGGGUGAUUCGUCGUCAAGCGACGACGAGUAUGAAUAA